AUGUCAAUAUCAGUUGACAGUAACAAUCUUAGUUUUGUUAACGAUUUGAAUCCUGAGAAAGAUAUGUGGAACAUGAAAGCGAGAAUUAUUCGAAAAGGGAAUCAAGAUUACAAAAUGGAUCUCAUCUUCAUUAAUGAAAAGAUAAUUUAUGUUGUUGGAUCUGUGGUUUGUUGUGGAGAUCUUGAAUUCUUUGGUCGACCUCCAAAAGAGACUAAGAAUAUCAAUUUCGAUAAUCAAGACUUGGAGGGUAAGGUUUUGCGGUGUACUGUGUGGAAUGAUUAUGCUAUGCAGUUUAAGGAGUUCAUCUCUAAAAUUCCAGCUCAUGAGCAUGUGAUGGCUGUUAUACAACAUGGAAAGUGUAAGGAAUGGAAAGGUGAAUAUACAGUUCAAAGUGAUAAGUUUGCAACACGAAUUCUUAUACUGAAGUUUGGACAAAGGAGUGGUUCUACUUCUCAAACAAUACUAUCGUCUCAGACCGUUUUUCCAUUGCAUAAAGAAUUUGAAUGUCUUGUGUUGUGUUGUGUUGUGGUUGCGACAAUUAAGAUUGUGCAAGAAGAGUAUGGUUGGUUUUAUCCUGUCUGUCAUAAGUGUUUCAAGAAGCUGAUGGCUAAAAGUGAAUACUUGCAGAAUGUUAAAAAUGUUUCAGAUGAUAUUGUUCAAUUGCCUGCGACUUCUUUGGUUUGUUCCAAAUGUCGUAGUGAAUGUACAUCUGUCACCACAAAGUUCAAGGUGCAAGUCUGGGUGCAGGAUGAGAGUGGUAGUGUUUCUUUUGUUAUGUUUGAUAGAGAUGUUCAGAAGCUUCUUGGAUUAGCGGCGAGUGACAUAAGAGAGAAGCAGGUGAAGGCGAAUGAUACUGGAUGUUUCCCUCAUGAGAUAUUUCGAUUGGUUGAUAAGAAGGUCGCUUUUAAGAUUGAUGUUUCAGAGUUCAAUCUUAAAAAUGACUAUCGUGUUUAUACCGUGCAAAAAACAUGUGAUGAUCCAGUAAUAAUUGUUGAGUUGGUUGGUGGAGAUGGUAAUGGUGAUGAAAAUACUAAGGAGGUUACUCAAGAGGUAGCUGAAGUUAAAGAUGUUAACCUUUCAGAAUCUUCCCAGGAUGCUGUCUCUGUUACGGCUGACUUUUCAGCCGUUGAAGUUGAAAAGGAUUCUGGAUCAAGUCCCAAUGGAAAGCGGAUAGCUCAAGAUGUUGAUGUUGUCAACAUUGGUGAGCUAUCCACUAAUGUGAGAAGAACCCGGAAGAAGCUGUCUAAGGUUAACAAUUAG